AUGGACCUUAUUCUCUUCAUUUUCCUAGCACUGCUUGCAAAUGAUCAAGUUCAGGCAAUAAAUUGUUACUACCACGAUGCUGCUACUGAUGGGCCAGAUUCAUCGGCUACCAUGAUUGAUUGUGGACCACAGGAGAAAUAUUGUUUUUUCGGUCAUGAGGAGAUUCAGAAUGAAACUGUGGUCAUGAAAGGGUGUGGAGAGAUGGAAUGCGAAGGAAAGGAAGUCGAAAAGGAAUAUAUGGUAGAUUAUGGUUUCAAAUUAAUCUUCCGUUGUUGCGACACGGAUUUGUGCAAUUUGAAUGAGACUAUCACUUCAAAAAGCACUAAAAGUGAGAUUUCGUGGUCGUCGCUCAUUUUGAUGGGAUUUUUCUCAAUUUGGAUGACUUUCUUC